AACGAGCGAUCCGGCAGGAGCUCCGGGCGCGCCGAUGGGGGUCCCGUGGCAGCCGCAGCUGCUGGCUCACCUGGCCGGGGUGGUGCUGGCCGCAGGUCUAGGGGUUCUGUCCAGCCUUCCUUCCCCUGCCAACAUCAGUUACAUCUUGGAUGAGAGCAACUGCAUCUUAAGCGUCCAGUGGGACCCACCCAGUUCCCCCAAGAACUGCUCUGGGGAGCUGUAUUAUCACACUGCUCUGCACAAUGGCAAAGCGUGGUUCGAAGAGAAAUGGAGCCAAGAUCUGUCCAGGAAAAUGGCGAUCCUUCUAGGGAGAAAUAUGUUUUUUGGGCUACAGACGACUUGUGACAGUGACAAAGAAGGGGAAUGGUUUAAGAUCCCACUGGCACAAAAUGGCCGAGCAGAGACGGGAGCUACGAAUAUCAGUUGCGUUUGUUAUAACCUGAAAUGGAUGUCCUGCUCAUGGAAGCGAGGAAGGAAAGCGCCUCGUGACACCAGCUACCAUCUGUACUUCGGGCACGACAACAUGGAAAAAAGGCAGCUGUGCACAAAUCACAGCAUCAGUGGAGACACCUUCCGAUGCAUUUUUCCGAUCAACUGUUCCGGAGAACGUGACCUUGUUCUUUCUGUCCGUAGCAAUUCUGAAAACAUCCAGCCAGUGUGCAUGUUUACAAAAGAAGGUUCAGAAGAGUCUGAUUAUCCAAUAAAACUUGACCCACCAAUAAAUCUGAAAGUGAUGCCGGGCAUUAACGUUAUUUUUCUAACAUGGCGGGCUCCGAGUAUCUGGAAUGGCAUAUGCUAUCAAGUAGAAAUGAAUGGCAUUGAAAAAGAGAGUUACGAAGACAGUACCAACAUAACCAUCCACCUUGAGCCCAAGAAGUAUCACAAACUCAGAGUGAGGGCUGUGCUGGGCAUGAUCGGCAGUCAGUGCAAAGAAGUACGAGGUCUCUGGAGUGAAUGGAGCGAGCCGGUUUUCUGGGAUGACCGGGACAAGUCUGAAAUAUUGAAGCUUGUUUUGUUCAUCAUGAUUCCAUUAUGUGCUGCAAUCUUGACUAUCAUUCUCCUCAUUUAUCUGAAGAGAAUUCAGCUGUUGAUCUUCCCAACAAUUCCUGACCCUGAAAAAGUUCUAAAACGAAUGUUUGAAGAACAAAGAGAGGAGUAUUUGCCCACUGACUAUUCAUCUGAACUCAUUAAACCCGAUACCAUCAACCACAAGAUGAGCUAGCCAAGGAAAACCGGUGUGCUUCUACUUGCAAUGCCUACAGGAAACGAGAAAAUUGGGUUGCUGUCUUUAUAUCAAAUGACUUUUGAAUGUAAACCAAGCAAGUCCAACACUGCAGGACAGAGACUGAUCUCAGAGGUGACGGACAGUGUCUUUGGAGAAGCACCUUUGCACGCCUUCACUUAAAGACAGGAGAAGUGGAAAUUCAAUCUUCACUGGCAACUUCCUCUUUGUCACCAAAGUUAUCAAAAACUGAAUUUCAAGCCACACGGUAGCUUCUGUGAAGUAACACUGGCUCUAAAGGACUGGUGGUUUUAUACAAAUGUGUCAGUUCAACAGCCACACGGUUGUCUGCAAUCCAACUGGCAAAGCUUGACUUCUCUUUUAGCCUUACACAAACGGUGUGGUAGAACUUAGCCCCGUCAGGAUAAAUCCAGAAUUUCUCAAGAGGAGACAAAAUAGCAGACAAGACUGGUGAUGCUUGCAUCCAUUGUUAUUAUUCUUUUUCUUCUGGUUUUCGUGUCACUUGCUUGUUACAAGCACAUGAAAGUUGAAAGUCUAGGAAGGGGUUUACGCAUAUCUUAAUUGCCUAAGUUAGGUUUUGAUAAGCCCAUUCAGACCACUGGAAACGAUAAGAUGACACCACAGAUCUGAAGCUGAACAAGGUGAUUGUUAGCUUGGCUAGACCCCAAAUGUUGAGCAAUAGCCCAAGCCAGCAAAUUACGCUAAAGGACUUGCGUGCGUGUCUAAAUCCAUGUUUACAGUGGUGUUUUUGAGCUGCUGAAUUUAUCUUCACCAGCAAACUUUUCUUUUCCUAGAAAACUAUGAAAAGGCUUGAGACUAUGUUUUUUUAUGUAUGUUUUUCAGGUUCUAUAAAAAGUUUGUUAUGCUUGAACCA